AUGCCAGAACAGGGGGGAGAAGGAUUGGGAGAUUCGGAUCAGGACUUCGAAAUGAAUGGACAUGGUUACCGUCUUUUUGGGCUAUCAUCCGCCGCAGUACUCUUUUAUGGCAACUUCAUCUUCAAGAGGAAAGAACAACAACGGUGGACAUGGGAAUCGCUCAACGCGAAUCACGGAGAUCGAUCACAUUCUUACCAGAAGCUUUUGCUUACUAGACGUCUCAAUGGUACCAUCCUUCAGCAGUGGUUCAGAUCAACGUCUCCUUCGAGCAAGUACGCUUCAACCGAAAAGAAGAUCUGUCGUCGUAAUGGAGGAAGGAGAGAAGUCGUAUAA